CAAGGGGCCCUGUUGUGUCACAGCUUCCGCACCAGCCCUGCCGGCAGCCCUGCACAGCACAGUGCUGCACCAUGGGGGGUGGGCACAGGAAGGCAGAGUGCCACUGCUGGGGUGCCCGAGUGCACUCCCCACUGUCUCUCCCUGUGGGCAAGUUCCAUGCCAGGGGAACAGGGACACAGAAGAUAUUCUGGGACACUGGCUGGGUGGGCCCCAUGGUGCCACCUUACACUGCUGCAGUGAGAGCCAACGUCUGGGACACUGUGUCUGCCCAUGUCCGCCAGCAGCUCCUGCAGUGCAAGGGCAUCCGUAUUCCCACCCUUGGGUCUUUUGACACCAUCCUCGAGCGGGUGCAGGUUGGAGCUGGCUACCUGGCUGUGCAGAGACCUGUCUUCUACCUGGCCAGGAACCUUGCCGAGGGUCACCGCCUGACAGUUGACAUGUCAUACAUGCCAGGCAACAAAGUACUGCAACCUAUGCAGCAAGCUCAGAUAGCUGCAACCACGUUUGUGUCUUCAAAAAGAGUGGUGAGGUGCAUCCAGGCCACCAUGUCCCUCUUCUCUCGCUGCAUCGCGCAGGGAAGGAACACCGCGCUCAUCCUGAGGGACAUCGGUAUGCUGCUCAUCGAAGAUGCCCAGGUGCAGAUGAAAUACUACUGUGACUUCCUGGAAGCGAUGUCAGGGAAAGUCACCCUGAAAGGAGUCCUGUUGAGAGUCCCAGGGGUGCCGGGCUCAGUGAUCCCUCGCUCAGCAGCUCCUGCUUUCCUGACGCGCUCAGGCUGCGUCAUCGUCUUUCCAGAGUUUGAACUGCAGUGCAUUCAUUGCGUGCCAUUCAGCGGCACAAAGAAAGGCUGGCAAAAGGAGGCAGCGCAGGACAUGAAUGGGUCUGCCAGGGAUCAGAGGCCUGCAGGGAAACACCCUCGAGAAGAAAAGCCUCCUGCAGCUCAGCAUGGCACAGCCCUGGGGGGCACUGCUGGCCGCCAGGGCGUCAAGCUGAAAGGCACUUCCCUGGCCAUGAAGGCCUUCCUGCAGACAGGCACCCAGGGACUGGAACAAAGGUAGUGACAGGACAAGGUGAUGCCAGCAGGCAGGUGGGAUGCUCAGCCCUGUGCCCGUGCCACUGCUCACAGUGGGGCUGGGGUCACUGGCAUGCUGCUGUUGGCUGUGAUAACGUGUGUGCAGGUCAGCUUCUUAGCUCUCUGCUAUGAAAUAAAACUGCCUUUGCUCCACGCGUGCA